GUUGUCUUUUUUAACCUAUAUAAAUUUUACAUUGGCGCCCGACCACGCGGUAACCUAACUCCUAAAUUAAAAAAUGCAUGGCUAAUUCCAAUGAGUCCUCGACUUACGUGACGAGAUCAGGAAGAACAUCACACAAAAUCGUUACUAAUUUGUUUGGUACGAGUACGAGGUCACGAAACAACAACAUGAAUGUCAUUCCUGACGAUCCGAGAAAUGAGGCGAGACGUCAUCAGGCGGAUCUAGAGAGGCAAGAAGCUGAAAUACGGCGACUCACUCAACAAUUGAAUGAGCAAACGAAUAAUGGCAACAAACUUCAGGAAGAAUUACAACAAUCAAGAGAACAACUACGCCAAGUUCAAGAAAGUGUUCAACCUCAACAAAAUAAUAUCCAGAUAUAAUUCUGGGAAAUGAUUUCAACUUGAAAUUUGGUAUGAUCAUAGAUUAUUGGAAGACUCAAUUGAGAUUGAAAGAUGAAGUGAUCCCUACUCAUUUGGUUUUGUUUGAGAGAGGAGAUUUAGAAAGAUUAAUAAUAAGAAAUAAAGAAAAAGUAACUUGUAUUCAUAUAAUUAAAAAUGAAAAUAUUAAAAUUGAUAAUAUAUGCGAAACGCAAAAUAAUGAACUGAAUGAUUAUCAGGAUUUAAGAACCGUUGAGAGAAAUAAAAAUAAUGGUAUAAAUAUGAACAAUUGUGAAAUUAAUCAAAAUCCA